AUGGUGAGCGACUCGUCCUACACGUCUUCGGAAUCGGAGAAGGAGGGUGUCGUGCAGAAGGUCGUCGAACCGCCGCAGUUCGUGACCAACAACGUCGAACGACCGAAGAAGAGGAAACGCUCGAUCUCCGUCUGCUUGACGAACUGCAGGUACGACGUGAUCAGGAAGAUCACCCAGAGUUUCGGCUACAAGGAAUCUGGAGAUGCGGAGAAUUGGAAUCUGUAUUGGACGGAUUGGUCUAUAUCGGUGGAGAGAUGCAAGGAGAUGAAACGAUAUCAGAAGAUCAACCAUUUCCCCGGGAUGCUGGAAAUUUGCCGGAAGGAUCUUCUGGCGCGUAACUUGAAUCGAAUGCAACGACUGUUCCCGAAGGAGUACAACUUUUUCCCGAAGACCUGGUGCUUGCCGGCGGAUUUGGGAGAUGUCCUCGCUUACAGUCGCACCAGGAAGCAUAAAACUUAUAUUUUGAAGCCGGACGCUGGCAGCCAAGGGAAGGGCAUCACCUUGUGCAAGAACAUGAAGGACGUUAAUCCUUCGGAGCGUUUAAUCUGCCAGGUGUACAUAGCGAGGCCGUUUUUAAUAGACGGCUACAAGUUCGAUCUGAGGGUUUACACGCUGAUAACUUCCUGCGAUCCCUUGAGGAUUUACGUUUACAAGGAGGGCUUAGUGCGGUUCGCGACGAGCCGCUACAAAGAGCCGACUGGCGUUAACAUCUCCAACGUCUUCAUGCAUCUCACAAAUUAUGCAGUCAACAAGCACAGUCGAACUUACAAUCAGGACACCGAGGCGGGAAGCAAGAGGAAGUUGAGCUGGUUCAACGCUUAUCUAAGGAAUCUGGGCUACGACGUUGAGAAACUGUGGAAAUGCAUCGACGAGGUCAUCAUCAAGACGGUGAUCAGCGCUUUUCCUAUACUGAAGCACAGCUACUUGGCCUGCUUCCCCAAUCACGACGUCAUCCCGGCAUGCUGCGAACUCCUCGGCACGGACAUAAUCUUGGAUAGGAAACUGAAUCCGCAACUGUUGGAAGUCAAUCAUUCGCCCAGCUUUCACACGGACACGGAAUUGGAUUGCGAGGUGAAAGAGGCUUUGAUCGGCGAUAUGUUCUCGAUGAUGAACCUGGAGAAGUGCGACAAGAGACGGAUUAUACGCGAGGAUAGAAAGAAGAUUCGCGAGCGUCUGCAAGGUUUGAAUCUGAGUAAAGAAUCUGCCGUGAGUUCGCCCAAUUUCAGCGAGUAUUACAAGCACGAGAUGUCGAAUCGCGGAGAUUUUCGCUUGGUCUUUCCAACGAACGAUCACAGUUUCGAUAAGUUUUAUCAUCAAGGUGUUAAUUCAAUUUACUCCUCGACUCAAGCCACCAAAGCGAGGAUCACCGCUCAGGCUAUAAUGCGCGAAGAGAUGUUAACCAAAGCCAAGAUCGAAGCGGAGAAGAGGAUCUCCAACUUGAAGGCGCCGAUCAAACCGAAACCACCGCCGCCGUCUCCACCAGAAGCGAGGAAACUGAUCAGAUUCCCAGCGCCGAACACGGUUGUGAACUCGUUCGAACCACAGAUGAUCGUCGAAGCUGAAGAGCACGAACGGCUUCAGAGGUUGUCGCAACGCGACUUCCUGGUGCGUAAGAACGGAUUGCUCGAACACAUCUACUUCUCCAUGAAGGUCAACGGUACUCUACGAUCGCAGGACGAGAAGAAGUACGCGAUUUUCGAUAAGUUGCGAACGACCAGCGACAAUCAUUUCAUCAAAGGUCCCGCCAUCUCCGAUCUGCUCGAAGGCAUCCGCAGUUCUGGCGCGACGCUUCUUCAGCGCGGCCACGACGUGCAUCAGAAGGCGCCGUGCACAAGAAGAUCGUGCGAUAAUAGAUGUGUACUUUAA